AUUAGCACUCGCCCCGCCUCCGCUCGACUGUCGCAGGGUUGGCGUCAUCACGCCUGCGCCCUCGCGCAAACGUCGUUAAGACGCGACGGUUGUUGAGCUCGACGUUGAAUGUGUCGCGCGCUGCUCAUUGAUGAUCAUGGCACCAUCACCAACCAAGCGCAGGGAGCGUUCAGAGGACAAACCCAGGGAACGAGGGAAGGAGAAGGCUGCUGGGAAAGAGGGAGCGGAGAAGGAGAGGGGCAGAGACAAGAUCCGCAAGCGGCGCAGUAACUCCACCGGGAGCAGCAGCAGCAGAUCCAGGUCCAGUUCCAGCUCCAGCAGCAGCUCUGGAUCCAGUUCGGGCUCAUCCAGCGGGUCCAGCUCUUCUUCUGGUUCCAGCCGCUCCGGUUCGUCCAGUUCCUCUCGUUCCUCUAGUUCAUCCGGGUCCUCCGGGUCUCCCAGUCCAAGCCGCCGUCGCCAUGACAAUCGCCGCCGCUCACGAUCAAAGUCCAAAUCACAAAAACGGACAGAUGAGAAAGAGAGGAAGAGGAGGAGCCCGAGCCCCAAACCCACCAAACUUUAUCUGGGAAGACUCACCAGGAACGUAACCAAGGAACAUAUUCAAGAGAUCUUUUCGACUUAUGGCAAGAUAAAGAUGAUCGACAUGCCUCCAGACCGUUUGCACCCUAAUUUGUCAAAGGGUUACGCUUAUGUUGAAUAUGAGUCUCCAGAGGAUGCCCAGAAAGCCCUGAAACACAUGGACGGAGGUCAGAUCGACGGUCAGGAAAUCACAGCCACGGCUGUCCUGCCUCAGAGGAUACGACCUGCCAUGAGAAGACCAUCACCUCCACGCAGGAUGCCUCCUCCGCCUCCCAUGUGGCGCCGCACACCGCCUCGCAUGAGGAGAAGGUCUCGGUCUCCACGGCGACGCUCCCCGGUGAGAAGGCGCUCUCGUUCCAGGUCUCCGGGUCGCAGACGACACCGUUCCCGCUCCAGUUCCAACUCGUCCCGUUAGCCGAUGCUCCAUUCGCACGAAUGGCUUCUCACGUUGGCCCUUUCAUAUUUUAGUUGGAGAUGGCAAAUAAAUUGUCAUUGUUUUUUUUCUUUUCCUCUAGUACCUCAGGAUUGUACGUAAAAGCCUUGUCUUAUAACAUCAUUGAAGUUGCUUGGUUUUUAUUGCUUCUGUGUUUGUACAAUCACUGGGAUUGUGCUAGAUGUUUCAUUUUACUGUGAUUCUUUUUGUAAUGUGCUUUCUUUUUUUUUUUUUGAGAAAACAGCUUUUUAUUGGUUUAUGUUGUGUGAUUAAAACGCAGGCCCUUUUUUAUCCAAAUGUUGAUAUUUCAUGGAAUUGUUUGUUACAUUAGCGGUUCCACGGAAUUCAUCUCUCAACAUCACCUUCUAAUCCUGUAAAAUCUGAUGAUCUGUAAGACUGAAAAUGGGAAAAAAUCAAUAAACCAGUUUAACAACUAAAA